AUGCAGGGCUACUGGCUCACAGUGGAAACGCGGCUUGAUUUGUGGUUCGGGGCUGGAGAUCUGAGGCUACUGGCCUUGCUUGAGCUCAACACAUUGUUUAUAAACCAGGUUGUGAUGGGAGGCACCAUUUCCCCCAAUGAGCACGGGCUCGAGAAAGGAGACCAGGGAGGAGCUGGAGAGGAGAUGCUGUCCUCUCAGGUACCAUUUCCCCCAAUGAGCACGGGCUCGAGAAAGGAUGCCAGGGAGGAACUGGAGAGGAGACGCUAUCCUCUCAGAUUCACUGUCCAAGUGAAGAUUGGGGCCCGCUCCUUUCUCCCCAUGAGCUCUUCGAGCAAAAGGGAGGCCAGGGAGGCAGCUGUCCAAGCAGCCAUGGCUGUCCUGAUUGGCGAAGAGGAAAAAGAGAGAGCGUCGACCUCUCAGCCAUCCAGCAGCAGCUCCACCCCCAGCACCAACUUGCCACCGCCGCCACGUACCACCAGCUCCACCCCCAGCACCAACUUGCCACCGCCGCCACGUACCACCAGCUCCACCCCCAGCACCAACUUGCCACCGCCGCCACCAGCUGCACCCCCAGCACCAACUUGCCACCGCCGCCACGUACCACUAGCUGCACCCCCAGCACCAACUUGCCACCGCCACCACGUACCACCAGCUCCACCCCCAGCACAAACUUGCCACCGCCGCCACGUAACGAGACGGAGCAGGAGUAAUGUGCCCCCUCCCCUCAUAAAUGUUUGUUUAUUAAAUCUUUUUUUUUUUGGCACUCUGUUUCUCUGA